AUGAAAGCCUAUAUUGAGGAUCGAGACAAAAAUUGUGGCACAUAUGACGCUUCUAUUGUUGCCAAGAAGACUGCUUUGUCUGUCACACUCCAGCACUAUUUGGCUUCCUUGGCGACGGUGUCACGAUUUUAUAUUCGUACCGAGCUAAUGCAAGGAAUUAGUAAAACUGAGUCACUUCCAUUAUUCCCCUCUGGUAUAGCAAUAUGUCCAUUGGCUAUUACAUAA